AUGGACGACCAAAGAAGUACUUCUGUUUUAAGCUGGGCUUACUACUGCCAGGGAAAGAAUAUGGAUGAAAUAAGGAAUUCCCUUUUGUACACGACUCUGGAGCUUGAGCAAACAAGGGUAGCAGUUCAAGAAGAACUAAGAAAGAAAGAUGACCAUUUGUUUCAUCUCCAGGAUCUUCUGAGCAAAGCCAUCAGGGAAAGAGAUGAGGCGCUAAAGAAAUGUCAAAGACUGGUCAUUGAGAAGGUCCUGUUCCAACAGCAGCAACAACAUCACCAAAAUGCUCCCGUCUCUGGGAUUUCCAGCAUUGAAGAUGAACCCAGAAGAGGAAUUGACUCCAGCAAUGGCUUCUCAUCAUCAGAUUGCGAAGAGAGCAUAGUUUCAUCUCCAGUCAUUGACCCAACUCCACAACCAUCCCAAUUUUCCCAACCAGCAGCACAACAAACUAUCCCUCAAGCAGCAAUGGAUUUAGUUCCUGAAAAGCCAUUACCUGAAAAGGGAAAGCUUUUACAGGCAGUGAUGAAAGCUGGUCCACUCUUACAGACUCUCCUUCUAGCUGGGCCACUUCCUCAAUGGAGACAGCCACCGCCACCACUUGAGUCCUUUGAGAUCCCACCUGUCACCAUACCUUCACCACCACCCCCACCACCAGCACUUCAGCCCAUCCACCAAGACUCAUUUACCAACAUUAGUGGUUGCAAUAGAAAAAGGGUUCUCUGUGAUGGCUCUGAUUCUCCUACAGAAACCAAAUAUCGAAGGAUAGUCCUCCACUGA